CGAGGUGCAACUACAAAACAUGGCAGCAACAGCGCUGGAGAGUGCACCAGUCCUAUCUACACCCGAUACGCAUAUCUUCGAAGAUCCGACGCCCACAGUAGACGUUUCCAGUCUCCCACGGCUCUCAGAUGAACAAGUAGCCCUCACUUAUGAGAUUGAACGUACGGUUCGAGAGAUACGGGAGGGAAGAUGGAAGAGAAUAGCAUUGCAGUUUCCAGAUCAUAUGCUCGUAGAUGCGCCCAGGGUGUACGAACAACUGAAUAAAGCGUUGGAGAAAGCACGGAAUUCCUCGAAUGGUAUUCAAACGCCAUCGGUACUGCAAAACGGGAACGUUGCGGACGAGCUGGCCUCGGGAAUUCAAGCUGCGUCUUUGCAAGAGAAGGAAGAAGUUGAAAGGCUUUUCAUAUUGGGCGACACAUCAUACGGCGCCUGCUGCGUAGACGAGGUGGCAGCGGAACAUGUGGACGCGGAUGUCGUCGUCCACUACGGGAGAUCGUGCCUCUCGCCGCCGUCCCGCCUACCGGUCAUAUACGUCUUCACGGAACGGCCUCUGGAUCUGGACGCCGUAAUCACGACAUUCCAAGAAACAUAUCCAGACAAGGACCAGAAGAUUAUUCUCAUGGCAGACAUACCCUACUCGCACCACAUCCCAACACUGCACGCCCGCCUCCAAUCCUCCGGUUACACUCACAUCUACCCAACCGAAAUCAUCCACAACCCCUCCUCCCUCCUCCCCAACCGAACCACACCUCCCGAAGUCGCCGACUCCAAAGAGGCCCUCCGCCCUUACCACCUCUUCCACAUCUCCACCCCACCAACGUCCCUCCUCCUAACCCUUUCCUCCCGCCUCUCCGCCAUCCACAUCUACCCCACCGACACCCCCUCCCCUUCCGCCCUCCCAGCCUCCACAGCCAUGACGCUCCGCAGACGCUACGCAAUCAUAACCUCCCUCUCCUCAGCCCCCAUCUUCGGCAUCCUCAUCAACACCCUCUCCGUGAAAAACUACCUGCACAUCCUCUCGCACGUGCAAUCCCUGAUCGCCGCCGCGGGCAAGAAAUCCUACACCUUCGUCGUCGGCAAGGUGAAUGCCGCCAAGGUGGCCAAUUUCUCAGAGGUCGCGGGUUGGGUCGUGAUUGGCUGCUGGGAGAGCAGUCUGAUGGAGAGUAAGGAGUUUUGGAAACCGAUUAUCACGCCGUUUGAGUUGGAGAUGGUGUUGAUGGGGGAUGAGGAGCGCGUGUGGACGGGGGAGUGGGAGGCGGAUUUUCAGAAGGUGUUGGAGGGGAAGGAGAGGACAGUUGCUGGGAAGGACGAGCCGGGGGAGAAGAAAGAUAAGGUUGAAGGGCGGGUCCAGGACGAAGAUGGCAAUGAGGCGAAUGAUGCGGGAGACUAUGAUUCAGAAGAGGAAUCCGCGCCGCCCGAGUUCGACCUUCGCACUGGCCGCUACGUCUCGCAUUCCCGCCCAAUGCGGUCCUCAACGGCGCCCAAGAACGAGCAGGGGGAAGGCGGCCAGGGUUCUUCUGCAAAAUCGAACAGCACCGCGCUGGCAAAGCGUGCAAACGGCGACGUAGCACAUGUUGGAGGUGUAAUUUCUCCCGGAGCUGAGUUCCUACGCUCUCAGCGCACCUGGCAGGGCUUGGGUAGCGACUUCGAUGUCGUGCCUGAGGACGGUACGGGUAAUGCGAAUGCUGCGCAAAUGGAGGAAGGGAGGAGGGGUAUAGCUAGGGGAUAUGUUGUUGGCGAGAACGGCUCGACGCACUAGAUUCCCAAGGAUAGUGAUGUUGUUGUUGGAAGGAAUUUCGAAUCAGACCAUUCUCACUGCCAUAUAACAAACAUGCUGAAC